GGAUUAUUUCCAAUGAUGUGCAUAUUGAGAAUGGUAAAGUGUUAGAUCCAAUUGAUCAUAAGUAUCUAAUAUUGGACAAGUCUUUAAAAAACCACCAAUUGCAAAUUAACGAAAGCUUACUGAACGAUUACGCAAAGUUGAAUCGUUCUGUUGCAAGGUGCAUACUACUUUCGCAAUGCUUGGGCCCUAAUAUGGACAAAUUUUUGCUGGCAACAGCAUUCACUGUGGCUCGGUUGCUGAGGAAUGCUCUCAAUCCUGAAGAUGUUUGGAGAGAGAGUUCUAUUGGCAUGAUAUUCUCCGAAGAAAGGAGCAUAGGGAAAUCGGAGAGUCUAAAUCUCCUUGCUCAGGGUGUUGGAAUUCCCAAUGGAUCGCACGUAAUGUUACUAAGUGGUGGAGACUCCCAGACAUGUGGGACAUCUACAAAGAAAAUGCAAGAGAUAGCAUCGAGAACGACUGGGGUCAUAAUGAUUGAUGACCCUAAACCCAAUGUUAACUUCAGCGAGUUUCUGCUGCAAGCACAAGGGCGACUGAUGUCUGGAUUAAAUAAGGUGGGGAUGACAUCCAUCAAGGCCGCCACGUUAAUAUCGACGAAUUCUCUCGAAGUUUCCGGAUUAGUAGGGAGAGUUAUUAGGUUUAAUUACGUGAGCUGGAACGAGGAACAGAAUGAACAAGCCAAGUUUGACGACAAGCAACUGAAGGUUAUGCGAGAGUUCAUGCAAGAAAACAAGGGUAUUUUGCUUGUCUGGGCAAUUAAAUACCUGGAGUUAUGGGCUGAGGUUUUUGAACAUGCGCGUGAAAUUGUCGAAGAGGUCGUCCAAGCGAUCUUCGAUGAAAACGACCUGAAGGUGCAGGCAAGGUGGUUGUCUUGUAUUGCCGCGGUACUUGUCGCAAAUGCUCUGUUACGUCUCUCGUGUGGUAACCAAGCGAACACCAAAGAUUACGUAUUGUUUGCAUGCGGCGAGUUAUUAAAGGUGCAGACAGUCAGUAUACGUUCAACAAUGCAAAGGCUAGAAGCUACAUCAUUGAAAAGAUAG